AUGCCAGCCAAUGGGAGCUCAGAAACAGGUUGCAGGUCAGAGGUCAGACCAAGCAGUGCUUGCAGCCAGAGUGUCACCGCCUCCGCCAUCUCCAUGAGCGUGGGCAUCUUCUCCAACAGCCUUGCCCUCUUCAUCCUCGUCAAAUCAUACAACCGCAUCCGGAUCAAGUCCAAGGCGUCCUUCCUGCUGUUUGCCAGCAGCCUGGUGGUCACAGACCUGCUGGGUCACCUCAUCAACGGCUCCCUGGUGCUUUUUGUCUACAGCUCCCACAAGAAAUGGGAGACCUUCGACCCUCACCGCAUCGUGUGCAGCGUCUUUGGGGUGUGCAUGGUGUUCUUUGGCUUGAGCCCCUUGUUCCUGGGGAGCGCUAUGGCGGUGGAGCGCUGCAUUGGAGUGACCAGGCCUAUCUUCCACUCCACGGCAUUAGCCUCCCACCACAUGAAAAAGCUGCUGGGACUCACCUGGCUGCUCGCCGCCGUGGUGGCUGUGCUGCCUGUGCUGCUGUGGAGGCCCUACGAGGUUCAGAGCUCCAGGAGCUGGUGCUUCUUCCACAUGGAGGAACCCAAAGACUGGCUGGACAUGCUCCUGCCUCUGCUUUUCUCUCUGCUGGGGCUGCUGGCCCUGCUGCUCUCCAUUGUGUGCAAUACGCUGACAAGCUGCACUCUGCUGCAGGCCAGGCUGCGACACAAGCAAUACUGCAGAGGCACGUCCUACCAUAUAGAAAUGAUCUGCCAGCUGCUGGCUAUCAUGUUGGUGUCUUGCGUGUGCUGGAGCCCGUUACUGAUCCAGAUCAUCAUGCUGACCACCAGAGCCAAGGAGGAGCCUGCGUCUUUUAGUCUCCUGAUGGUGGUACGCAUGGCCACGUGGAACCAGAUCCUGGACCCCUGGGUCUACAUCCUGCUGAGGAAGGCCGUUCUGAGGAAAAUCUUCAUGUUGUUCCACAGCUGCCCGAAGUCUCAUGGCCCACACCCCUGGCAGCGCAGUAUGCUCCGCAGCUCGAUGGAGACCAGCAACUUGGGCGUUAGCCCGUCCGACUGCCGCUGCUUCGAUAAAUUACCUCAGCCAGAUACUGCGAUCAAAUCUGUUACCUGA